GCGUGCAUGUGAUAGCGCGAGAGAAAGGGAGAGAGAGAAGGGGAGAGAAAGGAGGGGUAUUUUACACCAAGCUUUUUUCUUUCUGCCCUUGAGCAUCCCGGGUAAACCCGAGCUUGUUAAGUGGGAGGAGAAGGACAGAUACCAGCCCUUCCUCAAAGUCAAUGUUUCACUUAUUUUCACUUCACGUCACAAUUCAGUUUUUCGCUUGUUUCCCCACCGACUGGUUUUAGAUCCAGGACACCGUUCUAUCUUGUGAAGCCAUCCGUGGUGUAAUAAAAAAGUAACCGACAGGAGAAAAAAACAAACAACGAGACCGCAUCAGAUAACCGUAGUGUACAAUACGCUACAGUACACCUCGACGGAACUCAGUAGAGUGAAUGGAGCCGAGCAGGGCUUCUGGUAGAGGAGCGUUCGUAUAACGGGACACGGAGCGGCUCUCCCGGAUGAACAUUAUAAGACCGUCACUGAGGCAAGGCGCCGGACCGGUGCGUCACGACCCGAUGGAUGUGUCUAAAGACGUCGCCACCGUUCACUCAUCCCUCAUAGUGUACAGCUCCCAUCUUUUUCAACGGAAAAGGACAUCUGAAGUAUGGAUUUGUUCUGCUAAUAUCAAGAAGACCCUUAACGCUGCGACCUCAUCACUGGCAUCACUAUGGUUGAAGUAGAUGUGAAGUUUCUCUGUGACUUUCGACGCUCCCUAAAACACAAUUUUACAAAUUCAACGUAGAAACAAGAAGUUAUUGUUUCCUAAAGAAGCCUUGAUUAUUUGUAGGCCAACGUUUGUUUACCAGUUGUGAAUGAACUCGCCGGAACACUAAUUUCUGUUCAGUUCAUUUGUAUUUUCACAUAAUCCCGGAAACUUCCGUGUAUCGCUCAAGUGAGCGAGCAAGCGGAAAAUGGUGACAUCGAAGUUACUUUUGGCCUCCGUAUGAUCCCCAGUCACAUUCCAUGCUAUUCACCCCAGCUCUGAAUACCGUGCCCCCCCUCACCCUCUGCUGCCUAAUCCCUCUCCUUCUUGGACCACUGUCGUGGACCCCCGCCUGCCAUGCUCCGUCAGGCCGUGUUGCUCCUCCUGCACUGCUUCGUAUCCUCGACGCUGGGCCAGUACGAUCAGUGCAAGUCGCUGGUGAGCACGGACGAUGGUGCGAUGUGGGAGCAGUACGCAUGCCAGCCGAAGGCUCAGUCCAUGAAGGACUACAUGCGGGUCAAGGUGGACCCGCCGGGCAUAACCUGCGGGGACCCACCCGAGAGAUUCUGCACUCUGGAGAACCCGUACAUGUGCAGCGACGAGUGUGACGCCUCCAACCCGGACCUGGCCCACCCGCCUCAGCUGAUGCAUGACCGCGAGCGCACCGGCCUGAUCACCUACUGGCAGACGGUCACGUGGUCCCGCUACCCAGAACCCCUUCUGGCCAACAUCACCCUGGCGUGGAACAAGAGCCUGGAGCUGACCGACGACGUCGCCGUGACUUUUGAGUAUGGCCGACCCACCGUCAUGGUGCUGGACAAGUCCACGGACCACGGGCGCACAUGGCAGGCCUACCAGUUCUACGCCGACGACUGCCUAGACGCCUUCAACAUGGCACCGAAGUACGUGCGCGACCUGUCGCCGGCGAACAUCACCCGGGUCAUCUGCACCGAGCAGUACUCGCGCUGGGUCGGGUCGAAGAACGACAAGAACGUGAAGUUUGAGGUUCGCGAGCGUUUUGCGGUGUUCGCCGGGCCGAGGUUGCUCAACAUGGACGGCCUGUACACGCGUAUGGAGAGCAUGAAGGGCCUGAGGGACUUCUUCACCUUCACCAACCUCAGACUGAGGCUGCUCAGGCCGGCCCUGGGGGGGACCUACGUCCAGAGGGACAACCUCCUCAAAUACUUCUACGCCAUCUCCAACAUUGAGGUUCCCGCAAGGUGUAAGUGCAACCUGCACGCGUCACUGUGCCUGCUGCAGGAGGGCAGCCUGCAGUGUCAGUGUGAACACAACACCACAGGGCAGGACUGUCAGCGCUGCAAGAAGGGCUUCAAAGCCAAGUCGUGGAAGGCCGGCUCCUACCUGCCCACGCCCAACGGAUCCCCCAACACCUGUGCAGUCGCUGGUGCUCCCACAGGUGGUGGUUCAAAGCCGGCCAGCCCCACGACCGGGCCAGGAGAGACAGACCUCAGCUUCCUGACCCCUGACCCCCUGACUGAGGCUGCAGAGCAACCACUUUUAACCAAGGCCCCAGCUGACUUCACCACCACAAGCGCCACCAUGAAGCCCCUCAGUACAGACCCCAAGCCCCCCAUCACUGACAUUCUGCCACCCCGAACAACCACCCCCACCCUCACUGAUGCCCCACCUUCCCUUAUAGUGAAGAAAACUACGCCCCUAACUGCCACAGAGGCCACGCCCUUUUCAAAAAUCCCUAAGCCUAUCAGCGAGGAGUCUGCACCCCCUCAACCAUUCGUGAAGGAGCUUAAGUCACCGGCCCUGACCAAGAGCCUUCUUCCACUCACUACCAACCCGCCCCCAACGGAGCUACCUGAGCCAGUAGUUACCGAAAGUGAUGUAGGAGGCUGCAAUGUAUUCUGUACAGCUGCUAACAGUGAAGAGGGAGAUGAUGGGACAGAAACUGAUGUUGCCUCAGAAAAAGCGAAGGAAGAAGAGAUGACGGAAAAAGAGAAGGGUGCAGAGACCGAAGAAGUGUUCACAGUCACCUCCAUAACCACUAAAGCAGAAGACGAUGUGAAGAGUGACUCUCCUACUAUCGAACUAGAGGAUGGAGCAGAUGAGACGGAGGAAGUACUUGUGACAGAGAAAAGGACUGAAGAAGCCACCCCAAAGCCUCAAGCAGAAGACUCUGUGAAAAGAGGAAAGCCCUCUGGGAGAGUGGAGCAGAUGGAGGAACUGGAGGAAAAGAAAAAGAAUGAGAAGACAACCGAGAAGGAGAGAAAUAAAGUCCCUCCCCAAACUUUGGCAGAGGUCCCCCUCCCUGAGGGGGAGAAGGAGGGAGUGGUGAAGAAAGAAAAGGAGGCUGAGGCUGAAGUGCCUGAGGUGGAAGAGACGGUUGGCAGAGAGGAUGCUGGGAGACCCUUUGAUAAAGAGGAGGGGGGAGAGGACCCAGAACCAAAGACCAAAGGGGAAGUCCUUGAAAACCGUGAAUGGGAAAGCUGGCGUCAAGAGACUUUAGAGACCCCUGAGAACAAGGAGCAGUGGGAGGAAGAAGAGACUAAAGAGGAGAGAGAGUUUGCCAAAAAGAAAGGGAUUCUCAAGCUUUUGAUCUCAGGAGAACAGCCUGAGGCCAAACAGUUGUUCGGGAUCAUAUACGAUGAUUUCAAAGACUGCGAGUGCUAUGGCCACUCCAACCGCUGCAGUUACAUAGAGUACCUGAACAUUGUGACGUGUGUCAGCUGUAAGCACAACACCAGGGGACAGAACUGCCAACACUGCAGGCUGGGCUACUACCGGAACGCCUCCGCCGAACUGGACGACGAGGGCGUCUGCAUCGAGUGCAACUGCAACCAGAUGGGUUCCGUCCAUGACCGGUGUAAUGGGACAGGCUUCUGCUCGUGCAAAGAGGGCGCUACAGGGCCCAAAUGUGACGACUGUGUACCCGGGUACUACUGGAAACAAGGGUGUUACCCUAACGUGUGCGACGAGGAACUUCUCCUGUGCCAGAACGGCGGGACGUGCUCCCAGAACCAGAAGUGCAUCUGCCCCCCAGAUUUCAAGGGCGUGCUGUGCCAACAGUCCCGAUGCGACGGGGACAAGGCCUGCAGAAGCGCCUCCACCACCCACCACGAGCCUCUCGGACGCCUGGCGCCCUGGCUCCUGCUACCCCUCCUACUAGCCACAUUAACUGCGCACUGAGUCACUUGCUGUUACCUCCAGACACCGGGGGGGGGGGGGGGGGGGGGGCUGUAUGUGGGCAACCUCUGAAAAGGGAAGAUUGGGAAGACCUGCAAGCUGGCCAGGGACCUUGUGAACACAGACACGCACACACACACACACACAGCAACAUACACCUCACAAGACUGUUACUGACUCAGGGGAACCCCCACACGCACGCACGCGCGCACACACACACACACACAGAGUACGACUUCAGAGGAGAAGACAGAGGAAAAUCGGACAACCAACCGCUGUCUUUCAGUCUCGACGCGCUGUCCGGAAAAAGCUCAAUCUCAUACCAAAAAAGCAUUAUUAUACAAGCAAACAAGAACACUUCAAUCACUGGGAGGAACGGAGGGGGAAAUGGCUGACAUUUCCUUUGUCUUUAUUGAUUUAGUUAAUGCACCCCUCUUCACUGCACUUACUGCUGUGGACCGACAGAAGGGAAGUGUGUUUGGUUAGACUUUGGUUAGUGCCGGGGCUGGUGGGGGGGGCGCGGUGACAGGGAGGGAGGGAAUUCACUGCUGAGGCCUACAUACAAUAUAAACCAGGUUUGACGUCAUCGAUGCAAAAUACCUGAGAUUUUUUUUCACCUUUUUUUUUUU